UCUAAUUAUUUUUUUGUAAACAAGGCUGAAAUGUGACAAUGAAUUUGUCUCUGAACUUAUGUACUGCAUUGUGCAAAUGGUUUUUAUUAUGGAUAUUUCUACAAAAGUCAUCAUCAGUUGCAGGUGAAAGAGUUUGGAUGGAUGAUGAAACCAUGUGUAAGAAGAAAACUGCCAUAUUUGUAUAUGACGGAAAUCCUUUCUUCAUUCAGGCAAAAGAAGGAAAUAAAGACAAUCCACCGAAGAUUUAUGAUUGUGAAUUAAUUGUUGGUCCAUUUGAUGAAAACAGAUCGUUAAUUGUUACAUUUAUUUCAUUUUAUAUCAAGACAUGUGCUGUUACAGUCACCAUUUCGGAAGGGAUAUCAUCAACAAUGAUGCAAGAAAAAUCUUUAAAAACACUUGAUUGUAAUACUAAAGGCAAAGCAAAGGACCAAUCUUUUAGGCUUUCCAAAGAGAAUACCUAUUUGAGAUUUUAUUUAAAGACUGAUAAUCCAGCUGAUCUCAAUUAUAAUUUCAUAUUAAAUAUAACUUCAGUGCCGGUGAAACCAGAAGAUGGCAGUCAAUUAUCAGUAGGUGUAAAGAUUGGCAUAGCUAUAAUAAGUGUAGUAGCUUUUAUACUUAUUGUGUACUUUGUAUUCAAAAUUGUAAAACUGAGAAUGUCAAUAAAGGAGGAUUUAGAUGUCUCACCAUCUGCCACAAAUCUGUAUAACCUACCUGGAAGUAACGCAUCUAAUGUUAAUUCUUACGUACCUGUUCCAGCGAAAGAACCAGCUGCAAGACAAAUAAGGCAACCAGAUCCAGAGAUCUAUUAUGAAUUCAGUCCAUCACAGACUCAGGUGACAGAGAAUGGAUCAACAGACCCAAAGACUCCAGAGAUCUCACCACCAUCUUACGAGGAAGCAUUAGAAAACUCUGUGCCACUUACUGAAACAGAUCGUCUUAAUGCAGAAUAUGUAAAUUAUAGUACAGAAAACUCAUAAUGUAUACAUGUGUAAUUAUCAUGAUUUUUAAUGAUGAUCCAUAUUAGAACAAAUACUGUUAAAAAAAAUAGCUAUAAGUAGAUCUUGCCACAAUUCAUUGUUAAUAAUUAGUAUAAUAAGAAUUUUAAUGUUGGGUCCGCUUUGAGUUGGCAUAAUAUUUAAUGGAAUUAAAGAUAUAUAUUUAUAUUGAUAAAACCAAUGAUGAAUAGAGUUGUUUGAAAAAAAGACAAGUUGAUUUCUAUUUCAAAAUAUUGGUGUAUGUUUGAAAUACUGACCAUCUAAGAAAGAGGGAAAUUAUUGGUAUAACUUUAGGAGGGCAGACUGCCUUCUUAAGGAAUUCAUGGAGAAUAUCCCAAUGUGUGGUGCUGACCUGACACUUGAAAUCCUCAAUUAUGUGAAGGACAAAAUACAUUGCUAUUCAUAUACAUGUAAUAUCAUUCAAAAUUAUAAAGAAUAUGAUUAAAAACAUGUACGACUUGUAUAAAAGAUGCAUUAGGUCCUCUUGUACAUAAAAUCUCCCAUACAGAUUUUAAUAAGUUAGCAAGUAUCUUAAUGAAUUGAUUGAUUUUUGUUUGCUUUAUGCCAUAUUAAGCCCAAGUAUGAUAAUGGAUUAUAAUAUUCAUGUAUAGGAUGGAAGUUAUAAUAAAUAGGCUCUGCUUUAUAUGGCCUUAUGUAAAUGCAGUUAGUGUGACCAUACUAAAGAUGAAAAUUAAAAGACAGUUAUUAAGACACAUUAUGCAUUUUAAAGGCUCUGAAAGACAAGUACAUUUGUAUAUUAAACAGUCAUAACUAAGCAAGCUACAAUCAUACGCUACGAAUAUCUUUAAAAGAAAAUAGUGCAAAAUGUAUCAAAUUAUACUGGUUUUGCUUUUUUUGUGUUGUCUGUAAGCUGUAUUUGAAAUGUUGUACAUAGCUAAAACAAAAAUAAAAACCAAUUCUCUCUGGAGGUUUAUCUCAGGUCUUAAUUUUGUUUACCAUAGUCAUGUGUAAAUCAGUAAUUCUUUAACCAAUACAUUAUUAGCCUGUGGUGCUUAACUGUCAUUAGUUAUUACAAAACAUUAAUCGUAUGUCUUUAUAUAACUUUUCAUACAUUAAAUAUUAAUUCAAACAAUAAAAACAUGCAGAAAAAAAUAGAAUAUUGUACAUUACUUUAUUUGUUGUCAACAUAAUUAAAAAAUAAGAAUUCAAAUUUCAAUAUUCCGUUUUUUAUUUCCAUCUCUAGGCCCAAAGGACUGAGCUCAGUUACUUCCACCACUUGAAAUCAAAUAUCUGCAAAUUUAAAAUUAAAAUAUAAUGGUGUAAUGGUCAUUUUGAUUUUUCUUAAGCUUCUUAACCCUAGCUUGAUUAGAUAAACAAAUAUUUGUGGUUGACAAUUUCUAUACAGUAUCAAAGUCUGGAUACUAAAAUGCAUAUAAAUAAGUCAUAUGUUAGUUAACUUACUGAAUUGUCUCUAAUGAUCCCACUUACCAUUAUUAGAAAAAGACUUAGUCAAUGGAUUUAACCCUUUUCUGCAUAUACAUUUAAUAUUCAUACAUUUCAUCAUGAAUCUAUAUGGCUGGAUGGAGCUGUACCAUACAAAUAAUUGUGCACUGCAUGUUGAAUAUAUACGCUUGCACAUAAAUCAUAUAUUCAUUCCAUCCAUUAGUUAUUGAUUUGACAGCAUAUUAUGUUGUAACCAUUACUUAUGUAAUACUUUGUUGAACAGAUAUGAAUGAGUAAUCUGUAAUCAGUGAGAUAUAAAAAAAAUAUGCAGACCUAUAGUGUCAAUUUCAUUAUCUGUUGAAAAUAAUUUAGAGAGUGUUUUUGUUACAAUUAACAAAAUUAAUAUGAGGUUGUAUUUUCUU